AUGCAAGCAGAUCCAACAACUUCGGCCAUUUCUCAAGCACUGAAAUUAAAACUCGUUGGCAACGACAAAGUGGCCGAUACAAGUUUCCGAACGACAACAUCAGCAGCAACAACAACAAAAAGGCAUCAUCUGAAGGUGUCGAAAUUGGAACCUCCGAAAUCUAAAAAAAAGAAUAAGGAUAAACAUUUAAUAGAUGCUGAAUCAAAACAUGAAACGUUAUUUGAGGAUAAAGUGAUACCUGAUGAAGAUAACGUAUUAUGGAAUCACAUCAACGAACAUGGUCACGAUAAUUUAUGGAACCGCAUUUCUAGGUACAGAGAUCAAAUGAAACAGCUGCAUUUGCCUGAUAAUUACAAACUGACGAGAAAGGAUUGUGAUCCUUCUCUACACUCAACAUUUAAAGGACACACAGAUGCUAUAACAUCACUAGAUUUUAGUCCUGAUGGUUCCAGAUUGGCAUCAGUUUCCUACGACUCAAGUUUAUUUCUCUGGAAAAUCAAAGGAAAUUUCUUUCCCCUUAAAUACGUACAUCAUGAGCUGGGCGGUGUAUUUUGUGUAAAAUUUGCUCCAAAGAUUUUUAAUGGUGCGUUCACCCAUUUGAUUGCCACAGGAGGCAAUGACAGAACUGUUCGAUUGAUGCAUCUUGGUAUCGGAGACGACACAGCGGAGAUAGCACUGCAAAGACCUCAUCACUCUGUUUUAAUUAAAGCACAUGAGGGAACUGUUAACGAUAUCGCCUUCGAUUAUACGAGCCAGUUUUUAUUGAGCUGCUCAUCUGACAACACAGCAAAGCUUUGGUCUUUACAAUAUCAACAAUUUGUGAGUUGUUUUUUAGGACAUUCUCAAGCACCACUGAGCUGUGACAUUUCGUAUGAUGGAAGAGUGGUGGCAACUGGAGGUAAAGACAAAGUUAUCAAGCUGUUUGACAGUGGUAGUGCCAAGUGUAUUGUGGACUUGAAACAACACACAGACUUUGUAAAUAAGGUUCGAUUUUCUCCUGAUGGAACGUGUUUAGCAAGUUGCUCAAAAGACCACACGAUUCGAAUUUUUGAUUUGAGGUAUUCGGGCAGACCCUUGCAGAAGUACGAUGGUCACCAAUUUCCAGUCUCUUCCAUAGAUUUCCACAAGUCAGGCAAUUACUUGAUCAGCACUGGUGAAGACAACAAUGUUAAAAUAUGGAAUUUAAUGCAUGCACAAUUAAUGUACACAAUAUCGGGCCAUGUUGGCUCAACGACAUGUGCAAGAUUUUCUAUGGACGGUUCACUCUUCGCUACUGGAGGAACGGACAGCUCAGUACUUCUGUGGAAUAGUAACUUUGCAUCUAGGCAUGCUGAGCUAAGCGAGAUUGCCAACAACCCACACAUAGGCAGUAGAGUGGAAAAUUAG